GGAAAAGCCUCUGAUCACAUUCAAUGCUCGUGAAGUGAGAAGCUCCGCUAGGACCGAGCGCACGCGCUUCUUUCUCCGUGAUUACCGUGCCCGUCUCGGAUGGUGCACUCGAGUCCAUCAGCGGAUGGUGUUGCGUGUUUAUUUUCUUUUCCCCCGCGGUGCCGUGUGUGGAUUAUUCCCCAUUUCCCGGAGCGGACACCGAGCAGUGGAGGCCCCGCGGUGUGAGUGAGAGCGAGAGAGUGUGUGUGUGUGUGUGUGAGAGAGAGUCCGUGAACCCGCGCUGCCUUCGGGCCAGAAUAGCGAUGAGGUUCCCUCCUCGGUCUGCGCCGCGGCUGAUCUGACGCUGGCAGUCCCAGUUUCCUCGCCCACUGGGGGUUAUUUUUCCGCGCGCGCGCGUGUUUCUCGUCUCCUAGAGACACUGCAUUUCCUCAAAGCUGGACACCUCUGGAGCGGUGUAUGACGACUCUGGCUGGAGCGUAAUGAGCUCACGCUUCCGGUUGCCUGCUGGCAGAUCCUACAAUGUCCGGGCGUCGGAGCUGGCACGUGACAGGCAGCACACCGAAGUGCUCUGCAACGUCGUUCUGUUGGACAACACCGUCCAGCCUUUUAAGGUUAACAAGCACGAUCAAGGACAGGUCCUGCUGGACGCAGUUUUUAAGCACCUGGAGCUGACCGAGAGAGAUUAUUUCGGGCUGUACCUGGCCGACGAGUCCUCCGACAGUCCGAGGUGGCUGGAUCCAAACAAACCCAUCAGGAAGCAAUUAAAAAGGGGAUCUCCUCAUCAUCUGAACUUCCGGGUGAAGUUUUUUGUGAGUGACCCCAGCAAACUUCAGGAAGAGUACACACGGUACCAGUAUUUUUUGCAGAUCAAGCAGGACAUACUUAGUGGGAGACUGCCCUGUCCGCACAACACUGCCGCACUACUGGCGUCCUACGCUGUUCAGUCUGAGCUAGGGGACUACAGGGAGGCGGAGAACCCACCCAGCUACCUUUCUGAGUUCUGCUUUAUCUCCAACCAGCCGCAGGGCUUUGAGAAAGAAGUGGCCAAGCAUCACCAGCAGCACAGCGGACUAAGCCCGGCCGAGUCCGAGUUCAAUUACCUAAACACCGCUCGCACGCUGGAGCUCUACGGAGUGGAGCUGCACUAUGCAAGGGAUCAAAGCAACACGGACAUUUUCAUCGGGGUCAUGUCGUCUGGAAUAGGCAUUUUCAAGAGCAGGGUACGAAUCAACUACUUUCCGUGGCUGAAAAUUGUGAAAAUCUCAUUUAAAUGCAAACAGUUUUUCAUCCAGCUGCGAAAGGAAGCGAACGAGACGCGAGACACGUUACUUGGCUUCAACAUGGUAAACUACAGAUCCUGCAAGAACCUCUGGAAGACGUGCGUGGAGCAUCACACCUUUUUUCGGCUGGACCAGCCCGUACCUCCUCAGAAGAACUUCUUCUCGCACUACUUCAGCUUAGGAUCAAAGUUCCGCUACUCCGGAAGGACAGAAACACAGUCUGUACAGUACGGCAAGGAGAAGGGAAUCAAGGACAGGGUGUUUGCCAGAUCUCCCAGCAAGCCUCUGGCUAGGAAGUUGAUGGGUGUGACUGACUGGGAGGCAGUGAGCAGGAACUCUGUGUCUGAGGAGAGGCUGGAGACCAGGAGCCUACCCACCCGGUCUCCUCCUGGGACCCCCAACCAUAGGAAUUCUCUAUUUGUACAAGAGGGGCCCCGGCAGCGGCCAUCAUCCAUGGGACAUUUAGUGGAGCAUGUGAUUCAUGCUUCGCCCAGCCUGCCUGCUUUCACCAACCACAAAUCAGCCUCAUCCACACAAGCCAACAGCAUCAGCCUCGACUCCACACCCUCUCCAGAAGGUGUAGAUGGGCCACCCCCAGCACUGCCACCCAAGCAGUCCAGGAAGAACCUGAGUCAGAACCUGAGUCAGCUCAUCCUCUCUCACUCUCAGCAGGAUCUGGACAACCAUGUGAACGAGAUGUACGAUAUCCCAGUGGCAACAGAUAAGAUCAUGGUCAAUGGAGUUGUUCCUCAUGAUAAUCUUGUUCUGAUCAAGAUGAAGCCCGAUGAAAAUGGCAGAUUUGGAUUCAACGUUACGGGGGGCUCUGAUCAGAAGAUGCCAGUUAUUGUGUCUCGGGUGGCUCCAGGAACAUCAGCUGAUCUGUGUGUGCCCCGACUGAACGAGGGUGAUCAGGUCGUUCUGAUAAACGGCCGUGAUAUUUCCGAGCACACUCACGACCAGGUGGUCAUGUUCAUCAAGGCAAGCUGUGAAAGCCACUCAGGGGAGCUCAUCCUGCUGGUCAGGCCCAAUGCAAUCUAUGAUAUGGUGGAGGAUAAGAUGGAGAUGGAGCCUGAUUUCCAGUACAUCCCAGCCAAAUCACCCUCAGACCCAUCAGAGCUGGAUCAGAAUGCCUGGAGAGACUCCAUGCAGCAGCUUAAUGAAGGCCUGAGCAGUGGAGCUCUGCUCGCUCAGUUUGACCAACUCUACCGUAAAAGGCCUGGUAUGACCAUGUCAUGUGCCAAGUUACCACAGAACAUCCCCAAAAACCGCUACAGAGACAUCUCGCCUUACGAUGCCACACGCGUCAUAUUGAAAGGCACAGAUGAUUAUAUCAACGCAAAUUACAUCAAUAUGGAAAUUCCAGCUUCCAGUAUUAUCAAUCGAUAUAUCGCCUGCCAAGGGCCCUUGCCCAAUACAUGCACUGACUUCUGGCAGAUGACAUGGGAGCAGGGCUCUUCCUUGGUGGUCAUGCUCACCACUCAGGUGGAGAGAGGCCGGGUGAAAUGUCAUCAGUACUGGCCCAGUCCCUCAGGUAGUGCCACCUACGGUGGUUUCCAUGUGUCCUGUCAAACUGAGGAGGGAAACUCUGCGUUCUUGGUUAGAGACAUGACCCUCACUCACGAAGAGACGGAGGAAAGCAGGGAACUGACUCAGAUCCAGUAUUUGGCCUGGCCUGACCACGGCGUGCCUGAUGACUCUACUGACUUCCUGGACUUUGUUGCACUGGUGCGGAGUAAAAGAGCAAGAAAAGACGAGCCGGUGGUUGUCCACUGCAGCGCUGGGAUUGGCCGGACGGGAGUGCUCAUCACCAUGGAGACAGCAAUGUGUCUAAUGGAGUGCAGUCAGCCUGUGUAUCCGUUGGACAUCGUGAGAACCAUGAGGGACCAGCGGGCCAUGAUGAUCCAGACCCCUAGCCAGUUCAAGUUUGUGUGUGAGGCCAUUCUGAAGGUGUACGCAGAGAGCCUGGCCAUGCCACCCAAGCCCACGCUGUACAACUAACUGGGCAGUCACCAAGCUUCACCUGCGGAUCCCCAGAAAUAGCACCACUGCAGGGCCUUGAAGAAGUGUGCUGAAUAAAACGCUGGUUUAUCACACAAGGGUCUCAGGUUGUGCAAUUUUGUUUUCUUUUUUUUUUUUUUAAAUUAUUAUUUCUUUUUUUUUUUUAAUGUGUGAUAUUUAUCUCUGAGCAUGUUACAGGAAGAAAAGAAAAAAGUAUUCGAUUCGGACAGUUAUGUUUGUGGACGUUCUUCUGCUGUCACAUGGUGCUUUAAUGCUUUGUAGAGCACGAGAGAUAAAUCACCACGCUUUUAGGUCACAUUCAGAGUGUGAGAUCAUUUUAGAUAAAGCACACUUUUUCAAAGCGCUGUGAAGACCCAGAGUGGACGCGUUGGAAGAAAAUCAUUCUUGAGCCAGGAUCAUACAUAGGACAUUUAAAAAAAACAAAGCACUAUUGCACUUUACACUGGCAACUGAACAAUUUGCCAAGCUUCAUGAAAAUGGGGGAGAAAAGGAAAAAAAAAUAAAAAAAAUGUAACAAACGCUGGUACUCGUAGAGAAUUUGAGUGUUCAAGGUUUAUAUAUGUUGUUGAUGAAAAAUUUGAGAUUGCUGUGGAGCCAUAUGUAAGUACAAAAGGGCAGGCCCAUGAGUGUGUGUUUCUUUAUAUAUAUAUAUAU